GCUCUUCGCUCCCUCUCUCUGGCACCCUGCUUCAGGCUCUUUGCUCUACCGGCAACUCAUUAUCCCUCCUCAGUGUUCCUUCCCUGUGAAAGCAGCUGAGGUGGGGUUUUUUUUUAUUUGGGGCAAAAGGCUGAGAUCCGCAAAUCUCGGGUAAAUCCCCAGAAGAGAAUAUAGCAAUUUCCUUUUCAGACGAUAACAGCAAUUGCAAUGUUAUCACACAUGGAUGCCUGACGUUAGUGUCUCUCUCUCUCUCUCUCUGUUUGCCCUCUGGCGGUGAGGGGUUUGUGCCUAUGUUCAUAGGUCAACGCUCUCUUUCAGCACGCGGGUCCCUUCAGGAGUGACAACUGGCCCCUUGAAUGCGGAACUGGCGCGAGAUAGGCACCGAGAAAUAUUUGUUGCCGGUAACAGGGGCUGCUGCUUUUCGCGCUGAGUGCGUUUUCGGGACUAGCCAUUGUACCAGGAUCCAUUUUCGGGAAGGCUCGUGAAGAUGCUGUGGAAUUGGAGGAUCCUCUUUUCGCACGUGUGCUGCGCCAGUUUCCUUCUCUUCUGGAUUAUACUGGGCACGGCGGUGGUGGACGUGAUGGGGUCCCAGCAAGGGAUUCCUCUCUCAGUGGUGAAGUUAUGGGCCUCAGCGUUUGGUGGAGAAAUUAAAUCAAUUUCUGCAAAAUACUCUGGAUCCCAGCUGCUGCAGAAGAAAUAUAAAGAAUUGGAAAAGUCUGUCCGAGUGGAAGAAAUUGAUGGCAUGAAAGUGGUCAAAAAUCUAUCGAAGAAGAUGGAGGAGAUGUUCCGGAUGAAAAAGGAGGCCAUUCGGAGGCUGGUGGAGGCAGCAGAGGAGGCACAUCUACAGCACGAGGAGAACCCGGAGCUACAGUAUGAGUACUUCAACGCGGUGCUGAUCAACGAGGUGGAUGAGGAGGGCAACAACGUGGAGCUGGGAGGAGAGUUUGUCCUGGAACCCAACGAACACUUCAACAACCUGUCAGUCAACCUCAGCCUCAGUGUGGUGCAGGUGCCCACCAACAUGUAUAACAAAGAUCCUGCCAUAGUGAAUGGGGUGUAUUGGUCAGAGGCCUUGAAUAAAGUGUUUGUGGAUAACUUUGAAAAAGAUCCGUCCCUGAUAUGGCAGUACUUUGGAAGUGCCAAGGGCUUCUUUAGGCAGUAUCCCGGGGUCAAAUGGCAUCCAGACGAACACGGGGUCAUUGCCUUCGACUGCAGGAACAGGAAAUGGUACAUCCAGGCAGCAACGUCUCCUAAAGACGUGGUGAUUCUAGUGGACGUGAGUGGCAGUAUGAAGGGCCUGAGACUGACCAUCGCCAGACAGACUGUCUCCUCUAUACUGGACACACUGGGAGAUGACGAUUUCUUCAACAUCAUCGCUUACAAUCAAGAGAUUCACUAUGUGGAGACUUGUCUGAAUGGUACACUGGUACGGGCGGACAGGAAUAAUAAAGCUCAUUUUAGAGAACAUCUGGACAAGCUGUUUGCCAAAGGGAUUGGUCUGCUGGGUGAUGCUCUUACCGAAGCAUUCACCAUUCUAAAUGAUUUUAACCAGACUGGCCAUGGCAGUGUGUGUAGCCAGGCCAUCAUGCUUGUGACUGACGGGGCCACACAGAUGUACGACGAUGUUUUUGCCAAGUUCAACUGGCCAGACAGAAAGGUGCGCAUAUUCCCUUACCUGAUUGGCCGGGAGUCUGCCUUUGCUGAUAACAUGAAAUGGAUGGCCUGUGCUAAUAAAGGGUAUUUCAGUCAGAUCUCCACACUGGCUGAUGUACAGGAGAAUGUGAUGAGGUAUCUUCAUGUUAUGAGUCGUCCUAAAGUCAUCGACCACGAACAUGACACGGUCUGGACAGAGGCCUACAUGGACAGCACUGUGAGUAUUAUACUCUCCCAGGCACACAAGUCCAGAAACAAGAAGGGCCCUAGCCUGAUGACCACUGUGGCCAUGCCUGUGUUCAGCACCAAGAACGAGACGAAGAACCAGGGUAUUCUCCUAGGGGUAGUGGGCACAGACAUUCCCCUACAGGAACUCAUGAAGAUAAUCCCUAAACACCUGCUGGGUAUCCACGGUUACGCAUUUGCCAUCACAAACAACGGCUACAUCCUGACCCAUCCAGACCUGAGGCCACUGUAUGAGGAGGGCCAGAAGAGGAGGAAACCCAACUACAGCAGUGUGGACCUAUCUGAGGUGGAGUGGGAGGACAAGGAUGACUUUCUGCGUAAUGCCAUGGUCAACAGGAAGACUGGGACGUUCUCCAUGGAGGUGAAGAAGACAGUGGACAAAGGGAAACGUCUCCUGAAGAUGCACAAUGACUACUACUACACUGAAGUCAAAGGAACUCCCUUCAGUGUCGGUGUGGCUUUGUCCAGAGGCCAUGGCAAAUUCUUCUUCAGGGGAAACGUCUCCGUAGAAGCAGGGCUUCAUGACCUGGAACAGCCAGAUGUUGCGCUGGCAGACGAAUGGACGUACUGCAACACAGACGAGCACCAUGAGCACCGUUCUCUCUCCCAGAUCCAGGCUAUUAAACUCUACCUGACCGGACGCAAACCACUCAUCAAAUGUGACAGGGAGCUGAUCCAGGAGGUUUUGUUUGAUGCUGUGGUCACAGCCCCACUGGAGGCCUACUGGACAGGCCUGGCCCUCAACAAGUCAGAGAAUUCAGAUAAAGGUGUGGAGAUUGCUUACCUGGGCACACGCACUGGCCUCUCUAGAACCAACCUGUUUGUUGUCACAGAGGACCUAUCCAAUCAAGACUUCCUGACAGCGGAGGAUAAGGAGGGGGUGUUUAACGCUGACCACUUCCCUCUGUGGUAUAAGAGAUCAGCAGAGCAGGUCCCCGGCACCUUUGUCUACUCCAUCCCCUUUGGAGGAAAUGAGAAUAAGAGUGUGGUUUUGGCCAGCACUGCCAUACAGCUGCUGGAUGACAGGAAGUCACCCAUUGUUGCAUCCGUUGGGAUUCAAAUGAAGCUGGAUUUCUUUCAAAGGAAGUUCUGGACCGCUAGCAGACAGUGUGCUGCUCUGGAUGGGAAGUGCACCAUCAGCUGUGAUAAUGAGGACAUCAAGUGUUACCUCAUAGACAACAACGGCUUUAUUCUGGUCACAGAAGACUACUCUCAGACAGGGAAGUUCUUUGGCGAGGUGGAGGCUGCUGUUAUGAACAAGCUGCUCCUCAUUGGCUCCUUCAAAAGGAUCAAUCUGCAUGACUACCAGGCUCUCUGUAGAGAGUAUGCUGGCAGCAGUGAUAGUGGACACUGUUUAUCACAUCCCUUCUCCAUUGUGAAAUGGCUCCUGACCGAACUAGUCAUUUUCCUGCUGGAGUUCAACCUGUACAGCUGGUGGCAUGUUGACCUCUCUGUCAAAGCCCAAAGCUCGAGGGGAAAGACCAUGAUGGUGCCAUGUGAUACUGAGUACCCUGCCUUCGUCUCUGAGCGUACCAUCAAAGAAACCACAGGCAAUAUUGACUGUGAGGGCUGUGUCAGAUCUUUUGUUAUUCAGCAGAUUCCCAGCAGUAACCUCUUCAUGGUUGUCGUAGACAACAAGUGUGACUGUAGCUCCGCCCUUCCAGUUUCCAUGGACCCCAUUGAGAUUAUGUACAACGAAUCUCUGAAAUGUGAUAGGCUGAAGUUUCAGAAGGACAGGAAGCGGCCAGAAUCAUGUCAUCCUUUCCACCCUGAGGAGAAUGCCAUGGAGUGUGGAGGAGCAGCAGGCCUGUCUGCCCCCCUCACAGCAGCACUGCUCCCCCUGCUGGCCACUCUCUUCACCAGAUGACCGAACCGCCCCCGAGGCCCAACACACUGGACCCAACACUGGAGAGACUGAUAGACCGGCUUUAGCGCACCAUCAAAUGCUGACAAAGCGCAGGGAGCCUCGCCAACCAGAAGAACUUGCUCAUAACUAACUGAGUUGCUUAUCGCUGACCAGCAGAGAAAUAAUGAAUAAGAAGGCAUUGUUCAAGAUAAAUAGAACACUAUUCUAAGGGGAAAACCAUAUGGACAUUAGACUGAGAAAUAAACUAUGAGAAAGCACUGUGAUGCAAUGAUGACAUCCUGAGAGCAUUACAGACCCCAGUGUGGAUGCCAGAGCAAAGAAAUCAAUAUCCCUGUGUACUUUACCUGCACUUUAGAAAAUAAGAGUUUCUAUGUCAAGGUAGUUAUGAAAGAACUAGAAAAAAUGUCACCUUUAAAAAAGAGUGGUCUAUCUAUACAAUUGAAAAUAAACUGCUAAAAACGAUAACAUAGCAAUGCAACUGUAAUUGUUUAAUUUUUUGAGGUAAAUAUAUGUAGCUUUACCUUGGAGAAUCUAAUUCUGUCUGUUGGGAUAUGACAGGGAUCAUGUAAAAUAAGAGAUCACAGGAUGGUCCAUUUAGUUUGCCUGCUUUUCAUUUUUACAGCGGUGAACAUUUCAUACAGAGUAAAAAGAUGCAUGUGAAGGAUUAAAAAUAAUAAUACUUAAGUUCCAUGAAAGGAAUAAAGUCCAGAGCUCUGGCUGCACACUGAAAAUAUGAGCAUUUGCCUGUUUUAAAAAUGUUAUUGUUACCUUGACCAUAACCCCUAAUGCUGACCCCUACCCUUGACCCCAAACCCCCUUCCUUUAAGAAGGCUGCUCAAAUCUAAAUAAACACAGACCUAUUUUCCAUCA